CUAUGAAUAUGAAAACCUUUCUUGGCCUUGUGCAGGAUCUGGAGGCCAAUAUGCCAGGAUCCUCUGCCCAGGAUCUAGCUCAGCUUCUCCUUUCUGCUGCCUCUCCACCAUUCAGCUCCCCUCAGUCUUUUACUGAUGAACAAGCAGCUCUCGCCAAUGUUCUGCUGUCUCACAAGGUCCAGAGAUCAGAAGACUUGAGGUGGCAGGAACAAGGGGUUGUUUUGGCUCCUGAUGGCAGCACUGUGGCAUUAAGACCUCUACUUGGUGCCAUGGUCUGGGGAUGGAUAGCUGCCUGCGAUGGCAAGCAUGCAGAAAGUGUACCUAAGAGCGUGCCGCAGAAGUUACAGGAUGCUGAGGGAAAACAUCCUUGUCCACAAAACUCAAGCUCUUCUGACCAGCAGAGGUCAAGCCUAGAACCAGGCAGUGAUGGCACUCACCCAUCCUCCCUCGCAGUGUUAUUAGGAUUGGCUUUUGCUGAUCCUGGAGCCUCCCUGGAAACACCGCUACAUAUUGCAGAUGGGUGCUGGGAUUCCAUCUCCUCUCCCAAAUACUUCCGGCUACAAGGUGCCCCUUCCCGAAAUUACCUGACAUUGGCCUACAUCAAUGGUGCAUUGGAUGGCACUCUGCUGGGGAAGAGGAUGGCAAAUCAAACCCAGAAUAUGAGUUCCCUGCUUCAGUCAUACUACUAUGGGAAACCAACAAUGAGUUCAUACAGGAGGCAGGACUUCCAAGCUCUGCUAGAGGAAGGCCAAUUAGAAAAGGAGAUCAACAGAGGCAUAGCUUGUCACAGGAAAUAUGCUGCAAGCUGUGGACUUCAUCACCUCGCAGACACAGCGCUGCAGAGCGCGGCUGCUGCAGCGGCUGCCGCAGCGGCCAAGGAGUUUCAGGAGCAAUAUCUCGACUGUCCCGCAGUGAUACCUCGCUGCAUGUGGGAGCCCCAGCCAUAUAAAGGGACCCCCACUCUCCUGCAGCCACCUCUGCCCAACGUCUAUAUCCACCACACCUAUGAGCCAUCUAGGCCUUGUGCCUCCUUCCAGGACUGUGCGGCAGACAUGCGCAGCAUGCAGAGAUUCCACCAGCAGGAUCGGGGCUGGGAUGACAUUGGCUACAGCUUUGUGGUAGGUUCCGAUGGAUACAUCUAUGAAGGACGUGGGUGGCACUGGGUUGGGGCUCACACCAAAGGCCACAACUCAGUAGGUUAUGGGGUGAGCUUCAUUGGAGAUUUUAGUACAUCAGUCCCUGAGAGCCAAAUCAUGAGUUUAGUGAAAGAUUGCUUCCUGAAAUGGGCAGUCAGGUCUGGUUACAUCUCCGCCAACUACUCCCUGCAAGGUCACCGGCAGGUAGUCAACACCACCUGCCCGGGAGAUGCUCUGUUCCGGGAGAUCACCAGCUGGGAGCACUUCAAGGUAACAGAGAACAUGUAA